AUGGCCUCCGUGCUAGUGGUUUGCACGUGUCUCCUAGUCAGUGUGGCUGGCAUGGGCAUUAUUACUACACAGCAUCAUGUCAUCUGCAGUGCAUAUGGGUACCAACUUCUUGAAGCCAAGUUCGGACGGGAAGUGCAUCUUUUAUGUUUGAAGUUGCAGCCUAUUGGGUCAUCAACCUUAGCAUCUCGUCAUUCAGCUCUCUUCCUAGACCCUGAUGAUCACGAUGAGAAUAUUCAUAAGCCUUUAAAGACCCUGCCGUUGACCGAUAUCACCAUGGCAUACGGGUUUCCAGUAGAAGACCCGUCUUCUGGCUCCGCUGAAGGGUACAUCGGAGAAGACCAUCAGUUCUAUGGAGUUUUGCAUUUAGGUAACCGUACUCUCCACGCGGAUCCUUAUGGCCAUGAUGACCCGAACAAAUAUUUCGGCGCAUUCGAAAACGACAAUAUGGCGGCGCCGCGGUUCCGUCGCGAUCAUGCACAGUAUAACAUUCUAGAACGCGUUCCGUUCUUCCCCUACCGAAUAGAAGAGCGAAAGAAAGUGCCAGGAGUAGCACGGGCGAGGAUCUGUGACCUCCUUCUCCUGGCUGAUAAGGAAUUCUUCGAGAAGGAUGCCAACUCAAGCCUGAACCAUGUAGUGCGUAGAAUGAUGCAUGCGGUCGCUCAAGCUGACAUCAUAUUCAGGAAUGCUGAUUUCAAUGAAGAUGGGAUUCCUGAUAAUAUAGGUUUUUCAGUAAAGUACAUAUUAGUGCUCACUUCGAAUGAUACGAAUACGCGAGUGUUUGGAGAUCUGCUUAUGGACAAAGCGAUAGAUGGCCGAGCCUAUCUCAUGCGGUUUGCCAGACUACGUCGACUUUCUGAAGUCUGUCUUGGUGUGGCGUUUUCUGGACACGCUUUCCAUAAUAGGACUCUUGGCCUCAGUUUUACGUCUCUCGGUGGUGGUAUGGGGGGUGCAGCUGGUGGUCUCUGCGACCGGCGCGCAUACGGGCGCUCCUUCAACACGCUGGCUAUAGCGCACGCCACUACUGAAGCAGUGAACCGAGUUCCCGAGAGAAUCGCUGCUCUCACACUCGCCCAUGAGAUGGGUCACAGUUUUGGCGCUCACCACGACGAUAACUUCCCCAACCCUGAGUGUCGAGGGUACCUCAUGGGUUCCCAGUCUUCGACUGUAGUCAAUGGCCUAAACUUUGAGUUCUCGUUGUGCAGCAAAAGAUUGAUAGCUGCCACUUUAAGCAGCAUGAGCUAUUGUUUGAUGGAAGAGGAUCGACCUUAUUGUGGGAAUGGUAUAGUUGAAGAAGGUGAAUCCUGUGACUGUGGCCUGCCGUCUCGGUGCAUCCACAAAGACCCCUGCUGCACCCCGCGUGGGGGUGGUGCACUAGUCUUCGAAGAAGGUACUCUACACAAAGAUGGUUGUUCAGUAGCUCCGUCAGCCAUGUGCCACCCGUCUCAGGGACUGUGCUGCACCGCCAAAUGUCAGCUAGCAGACCUCGUGAAAAGUGGUAUUGAUUGCAGAGAUCAAGACAGGGAGUGUACAUGUGAUGUCAUGUCACCAAGGUGUCGGUGUGGUCUGAACGGGAGAUGCUUACCCGACGGGUCCUGUCAUGCGACUGAAUGUGCCACACUGGGUCUCAAGGAGUGCCAGUGUGUCAAGAAACCACGGCCCGAUGGGCUCUUACGGGGUUCUCUGUUGGGCGACAUGAACAUGUGCGGUAUUUGCUGCGAGAUCCCGGUCGCUGGAGGAAGGGCGCAGUGCGUGAGCGCGGAAGAGGCGGCGCGGGAGAGGCUGGCCACCAACAAGCCACUACCAGAAAACUGGCCUGAUAUAGAUUAUAGAGGACCGAAUGUAACGGUUCGUCUGUGUGAGGACUACUCUUGCAACAGUACGUGGUUGCGUGCAUGGAACGCGGGCAGUGUGUGCGUCACACAGAAUGUGGUGGGCAUUUGCUCACCGCGUGGCAUCUGCAAGCUGGACUACAUCACGCCGCGGUCCAACAUCUACCCAGAUAUCAUGGCUGUUAGUCGCGGGUGA